CUGACCUGAACCUCCAGCGGCAGCCUGAGGAGUUGGACAGAGUGACACCCGCAAGAAGACAAACACCCAGAUCUAAUUAAGGACAACGAGGACACUCAAAGAGUCCAAACCGUCGUCAUGUUCCCAGCAUCAAACUCCUCCAAAGUGACGGCCGCCUGUGUGGCGAUGAUGAUAAUGAUGAUGGUGAUGACCAAUGAGGCAGCAGUGGUGCCGAAACACUCGGCGAGGACACCGAAGAAGUCCUCUGACGGUGCGGCGGUAGAAACGGUCCCCCUGCAGCUUGACACCAACGCUUUGGCUCCUACCAGAAACAUCAGGCCGCUGGAGAACGCCUCCAUCUCCCCGUGGGCGUACAACGUCUCCCACGAUGACUCUAUGUUCCCUCCCAUAUUGUCGGAGGCUCGUUGUUUGCUGCGCGGCUGUCUGGACUCGGAGGGCCUGGAGGACCUGAGCCUAGAGUCCAGACCCAUCAUGCACCAGGUGUUGUUGCUGCGUCGGGUCAGGUCAGCCGCGUCGGCAGGGUCGGGGGUGGGACAUAGCUACCACUACAGGCUGGAGUCCCGCCUCAUCGCUGUGGGCUGCACCUGUGUACGACCCGUCAUCCAACACCAACAAUGAAGACCAGCAGAGACCAGAACAGCUGCUUGGUCAGUCUGGCUGAAACAGACGCUUCUGUACGGAAG